AGAGAAAUGGAGAACAAAAUUCUUCACCUUCGCCGAAUACUUGUAUACCGUUAGAACGCGACCAAGUAAAACCUCUUUUGCCGAGCUCAAAGCGGGCGACAUGGCGAAUCAAGGAGCGAAGAAGCGCAAGGAAGAGAACGCGCGCCACAUGGCGAAACUCCGUCGCCUCAUCAUCGCCUGCAACGUUAUAUACAUUUUAGUAAGAAUGCUCAUCUUUCACUCCUCUUUCACCUGGAAACAUUGGGUUGGGUUGCUUGUCACAUCUGCAGCAUAUGCAAUUCCAUACCUGCAACUUGCUAAAAUGGCCAAGCCUACUUAUGCUGAUGAUGGAGAGCUUCUAGACGGUGGAUUCGACAUGAGUACAGGUGGAGUCUGUGGAUAUCUGCAUGAUGUGAUCUUCAUUACGAGUUUUGUGCAAGUCGCAUCCAUCAUUUCAGGGAAAUUCUGGUACACAUAUUUGCUGAUUCCUGCAUUUGGAGCAUAUAAAUCUUUUGGCUUUGUUAAGGGGUUUCUACCGACAGGUUCUGAGGAUGCCUCGGAAGAUGACAAAACUCGCAAGAAGAGAGAAAAGAUGGAGAAAAGAGCUUCAAGAACCAAGUUUGUUAAGACAAGAACUAGAUAGGCUAGUAAACGAUUCAGCUGACCCAGUGGAUGGAAACUGGCAUUGGACUGUAAUUUUGAUGUUGCUGUUGUUUGUUGAAUUAGCAGCAUAAUUGUUCAUCCAGGGAGCCAAAUUGAAUUCGG